GAGGCUGCAGAGUUUUGGGGGGAAGCACUGGGGCUGCGGGACCCAGGUUGCAAACCCGGGCUCUUGCCCUGGCCCCAGCUGGCAGCCUUGGGCUGCAGAAGGAGCAGCUGUAGGACGGAAGUCCCCUGGAGAUGCCCUGUAUCCCAGCCCAGUAUGGGACAUCAGCUCAGAGUCCAGGACCCCGUGACCAUUUUGCCGUUGACCCCCUGACCCAGUCUGGCUUCACCAAGAUCACCAUGGACCUGGCUGGCCCAGAAGUGCCUCCCACUGCUCCCACUGCCCUGCCCAGCUUCAGCACCUUCAUGGAUAGCUACACGGGCGAGUUCGACACCUUCCUCUACCAGCUUCCAGGGGCUACCCAACCUGCCUCCUCCUCCUCUUCCUCUUCUGCAUCCUCCUCGUCUUCUUCCACGUCGUCAUCCUCAGCCACCUCCCCAGCCUCCUCUUCAUUCAAGUUUGAGGACUUUCAAAUCUAUGGCUGCUACCCUGGCUCCUUCAGCAAUCAGCUGGAUGAGACCCUCUCAUCUAGUGGCUCAGACUACUACGGCAGUCCCUGCUCGGCGCCAUCCCCAUCCACCCCCGGUUUCCAGCCUCCACAGCUCUCCCCCUGGGAUGGGAGCUCCUUUGGCCCCUUCUCCCCCAACCAGACUUAUGACAGUCUUCGUGCAUGGACAGAGCAGCUGCCCAAGGGUCGCCCCCAGCCUCCUGCGUUCUUUUCCUUCAGCCCCCCUGCUGCCCCAAGCCCGGCCAUGUCACCAAGUCCCCUGAAGCUGCUCCCGCCCCAGCCUGCUCACCGGCUAGGGGAGGGUGAAGGCUAUGGACAGGCUGUCUUUUCUGCCCUGGCCCCUGGCUCCCCACACCUGGAUGGGCCCUUGUCCCCAGCCAAGGCUCGGGCCGGGGUCCCUGGGGGGAUGGAAGGCCGCUGUGCUGUCUGUGGGGACAAUGCCUCAUGUCAGCACUAUGGUGUCCGAACCUGUGAGGGCUGCAAAGGCUUCUUCAAGCGGACGGUGCAGAAAAACGCCAAGUACGUGUGCCUGGCCAAUAAGGACUGUCCCGUGGACAAGAGGCGUCGAAACCGGUGCCAGUUCUGCCGUUUCCAGAAGUGUCUGGCUGUGGGCAUGGUGAAAGAAGUGGUCCGAACAGAUAGUCUGAAAGGACGUCGGGGCCGCCUCCCCUCCAAACCCAAGCAGACCCCAGAUUCUUCUCCUGUGAACCUCCUCACAUCCCUCGUACGGGCACACAUUGAUUCUGUGCCCAGCACUGCUAAAUUGGACUACUCCAAGUUUCAGGAAUUAGCACUGCCCCAGUUUGGGAAGGAGGACCCUGGAGACAUACAACAAUUUUACGAUCUGCUGUCGGGCUCCAUGGAUGUGAUUCGCAAGUGGGCGGAGAAAAUCCCUGGCUUUUUGGACCUUCUGCCGGCUGACCAGGACCUGCUGUUGGAAUCUGCCUUCUUGGAACUCUUCAUCCUCCGCCUGGCCUACAGGUCCAAGCCCGGGGAAGGGAAGCUGAUCUUCUGCACGGGGCUGGUGCUACAUCGGCUGCAGUGUGUCCGUGGCUUUGGGGACUGGAUCGACAGCAUCCUAGCCUUCUCUCGGUCCCUGCACAGCAUGGUCAUUGAUGUCCCGGCCUUUUCCUGCCUUGCUGCCCUUGUCAUCAUCACCGACCGCCACGGGCUGCAGGAGCCUCGGAAGGUGGAAGAGCUGCAGAACCGCAUUGCGGGCUGUCUGAAGGAGCACGUGUCGUCAUUCACAUCAGGGGAGCCCCAGCCCCCCAGCUGCCUGUCUCGCCUCCUGGGCAAGCUGCCCGAACUACGCACCUUGUGUACCCAAGGGCUGCAGCGAAUCUUCUACCUCAAACUGGAGGACCUAGUGCCACCCCCUGCCAUCGUGGACAAGAUCUUCAUGGAUACUCUGCCCUUCUGAAACUCACGCCCCCCCCUCCCCACUGCACACGCACCCCACGUGCCUUCAGGCUAUAGUUCCAAUAGUCCUCGAAAUAUUCCCCUCCAACCCUUUUCGCCCCCAUCUCUGCCUUGGGCUGGGGCUGUAUAUUACAGGUUCUCACUCCAAGGGACUGGGGAGAACUGUCUCUACGCCUUAAUGGGAGAUGUUGAGUUGGGGGGAAGGCUUCUCCCUCCAGCUUUCCUCCCUCCCUACUCCCCUCUCAAAAAAGAGAAAAAGAAAAAAAAACCGGCCAUAGCCUCUUGCUUUAAUUUUUUUUUUUGUAUAAUAAAUCUUUUUAACAAGCACGUUGUAAAUAGGCAGAAAGCUGCUGUUGUACAUAAGGGAGAGAGAGGCCUGGGCAAGGAGGGGGGGAGGGGUUGGUUGGACUGGGGAGUGUGGGCAGGGGCGUGAGGUGGAGGGAACGCAACAGUUUGACUCCAGACUUGUCUGAGUAAGCCCUCCUCUGCCCCAUUACUCUCCCUGACCUCCCCCCUUCCCCACACCAUGUAUAUAAAUUGUCUGUCACUCUAGAAAAAAAAGACAUAGGACAGAUUCUGACGUUUAUAUUUGUGUAUUUUUCUGGAUUUAUAGUAUGUGACUUUUCUGAUUAAUAUAUUUAAUAUAUUGAAUAAAAAAAUAGACUUGUAGCUGAAA